GAUCUGGAUCCUUCUCUCAGAGAGGGGACUCCAGUGGCCGCCAGGAAAACAGCAGAAGGAAUCUGACACUGCACCCCCAACCCCUCUCCAGCCCACAUCCCUGACUGGGAAGGGGAGGGAUGUCUCUCCUGGUGCUUAGAAGCCUUCAGAAGUCAGCUGCCUGCCCGCGGAUUAGGACAAGGGCAGGCUUUAGAACCAGUUGGUCUCAGGUCUGAAUCACGAGGGCUCACUGGCUGUGUGAACAGUGCCUGCUGCCUGUCAGCCAUUGGGAAUCAGCGGUGAGCAAGACAAUUCACAUCUCACCUCUCAGAGGGAGGCUAAUCUUCUUAUCUGAUUCCCUUUUUUAAAAUUAUUACUUUGUUUUAUUUCUCAACAGUUGAUAAGUAAAGACAUUUUCUUUGUCAAGGGUCAAAGGAUAUUGAUAAAGCAAAAUUUCCUGCAGAUCUCAACUCAUCUCUGCUCUAGAGUCCUCAGGUUGCAAAUCCUGUACCUGGGGAACCCGACGGACUUUCGGACAGGAGGAGAAGGAGAAGCCUGCCUUGGAAGUGCUGCUUCCUGGGAAGAUGCAGAGUCUCAGGCCUGAGCAGAUCCGGGGGCUGCUGGAGCCCGAGAGGACCAAGACACUGCUUCCUAGGGAGAGCAAGGCCUGGGAGAAGCGUGCCACCUUCGCCAAAGACUGGGUAUCGGUCGAGGUUGGGGCCCCCACCUGUAACAGUGAUGAGAAAGAUCUGUCUUCACAAGAGAUUGGGCUUUCCCAGGAGUGGAGCUUGGUGGAGGAAGACUAUGAGACAGAGGAGUCCCAGGGUUUUGUGGAGUGGCCAAAAGCCCCACAACAAACAACAAUACUCUUGGUCCUGUGUGUGCUUUUCUUGUUCCUGGUGUUAACAGGGAUGCCUAUGAUGGUUUACAUUUAACCCUAACAGUGGCUCUUGUCUUGAAAGAGACCCCCUGUGUCCUGUUAAGGAAGGGUCCUGGUUAAACAGCAGGAAUGGGUAUUGGAUAUUAUCAAAUGCCUUUUAAACAUCCAUCAAGACGAUUUUGUUUGUAUUUAACCUUUUGGUGUGAGUCUUUGCAUUGCUAAACUGCAUUGAAUUUAAGACAACAUCGACUGUAAAACAUAUUAUUUUGUAUGCCACUGAGAAAGAAAGAAACGCUCCUUAAUUAUAAGAUGCUACCAACUGGGAGAUGCAUCGUGACUUCAGAGAAGGUAAAAAAAGAAAGUGCAGCUUGGGCUUCAUGGAAUCUGGUAGAUUUCUUCAUAUCACAUCAUCUUUGUCUCCGUGGGAUGUGGAGCACCAGUCUUUUUAGAAACUGAAUUCUAUUUCUUGAUAUUUUCUGUAGUAUUAUUGCCUCUACCUUCAUAUGUAAAAUUCAUACUAUAUUUGCCAAGUUUAGGUAUCAUGGCGAAGUUCGCCUCAUAGAAGGACCAGAGUAAAAUUUUCUCGUUUUCUCUGCUUUCGAAUAAUUUCUGUAGCUUGAGAAGUGUCAAUCCCUUGACAUUGAGAAAAAGUAGCUCAUAAAGGAGCCAGGUCCUACAGCUAUGGUGGGGACGUCUCAGCUAAUUCUUAGACAGCUUUCUCAGUUUCUUCCCAUGUUGUUAGUUUAUUAUUCCUUUUUAUGUCACUAAUUUUGAUGAUUUCUAAUGUUCUUUUAUCCCCUAGAAUAUUCUUCAUGCCAUUGAGCUUUUCAGAUUAUUGGCUUAGUGAUGCAUAUUUUUUAUAAUUAAACAAAAUCUUAUCUUCCUUUGGUUCCAUCCCCUUUCUUCCUUUCAACUUCUGUUUGUGGUUUACCCAUUAUUCAAUUUUUCAAAGGUUUAUCUAGUUUAUUAUUAUUUUUCUGAAGAAGCAGCAUUAAGAUUUAUUUAUGUCCAUUAUUUCUCUACUUUGUAAUUUGUUUUCCUUUACUACGUAUUGGGUUUAUCUUUUAUUGUUUCUAUUCUUUGUCCUCUAUUGUUGAUUACUUAAUUAAUUUAUAUUCUCUUUUUACAGAAUUAUUUGCUGCAUUUCUGUGCUGAAUGGUAUAAAUGUACUUCUGGUGACAGGCUUGACCACAUCUGAAUGUCUGAACAUUUGUGUUCUUGUUUAUGUUGUUGUCUAAAUAUUAGAUUGCCGUCUCUCUAAAGAGUGCUUUGAAAUUCAGUGAUUGGGUUUAUUGAAAAAUAGUUUUGUUUUCUUGAUUUACUGCACUGUGAACAGAAAAAGUGGCCUAUGAUAUAUUUGCUCUCAAAACCUUUUUAAAAAGCCUUUAUUGUGGCCCAGACCAUGUCCAAGUUUGUACAUGUUUCAUGGAUGUUUAAGAGGAAUAUGCAUUUUCUGUCUACAAUUUAAAACUCUACGUGUCUGUUAAUUAAGUCAGUCUUAUUUA